GGAGGGGACUAUGGUGUUGACUGCAGAUCUGUAGUCAAUUUUCAGCAUUCUCACAUAGGUAUUCCUCUUAUCCAGGUGGGUGAGGGCAGUGUGGAGUGCAAUUGAGAUUGUGUCGUCCAUGGAUCUGUUGGGGCGGUGUGCAAAUUGAAGUGUGUCUUGGGUAGGGUUCCUCAACUGGCUGUGGUUUUAUUUGGCCCCAGGGCAAUUUUUUUUCUUUCAAGGAUUUAAAAAAAAUAUCAGUUUUCAUUGUUGGACAUAAAAUAUUGUAAAAACACCAGGACUUCUGUUCCAAGUGAUUUUAAUUUUGGAAAUCUGUUCCCAAGUAUUCCCACGCAUAAUAGAGAGGUGAUCGUACACUAACGUAAGCAAGGUUUGAAAUGUUGUUUUAGUCAAAUAUCUGUUUGCUCCUCUUGCGGUCAAUUUGCUAAUUAUUUGUAAUUAUGUUCUGCCAGCCCAACCAUCUGCUCAAGAAAAAAUUGGCCCGUGGCUAAAUCUAGUUGAUGAUCCCAGGUCUGGGAUGAUGGUGUUGAUGUGUGCCGUAACCAGCCUUUUAAAUCACUUCAUGAUUACAGAUGUGUGCUACAGGUUGGUAGUCAUUGUGGCAGGUUGCCUUGGGAGCCGGAAUGAUGGUGAUCAGUUUGAAACAUGCAGGGAUUACAAACUGGGACAAGGAGAGUUUGAAAAUAACCUUGAAUAUGCCUGCCAGCUGUUUUGCGCAUGCUCUUUUAAAAAAAUCUUCAUUUAACUAGGCAAGUCAGUUAAGAACAAAUUCUUAUUUUCAAUGACGACCUAGGAACAGUGGGUUAACUGCCUUGUUCAGGGACAGAACAACAGAUUUUUACCUUGUCAGCUUGGGGAUUCGAUCUUGUAACCUUUCAGUUACUAGUCCAACGCUCUAACCACUAGGUUACCCUGCCGCCCCACUGAGAACACGCCCUGAAAUACCGUCCCCACGGCCUUCCGACUGUUGACCUGAUUUAAAAACUUUACUCACGGUGGCCUUGGAGAGCGAGAUGUUGGGGAUGUUUUUGUUGAAGCAUGCAUUGAGUUUGUCUGGUAGGGAAGCAUCGUUGAGCAGAUCAAGGCUGGGUCAUCCUUUAAACCAUAAUGGACUGUAGCCCUUGGGUGGUGGAGCAUGUGUAAUAGGAUUCCAUCUUGUCCCUAUAUUGUCCUUCUGAUGGCUCUGCGGAGGUCGUAGCGGGACUUCUUGUACUUGUUUGUGUCCUCGGCCAUAGGUAGCCCUGGGCUUUUGACUUGGGAAGCAGAUUUGCUGAAGGGGGGACAAGGGAGGUCCUUGUAUGCUUGCUUCUAGGUAUAUUAACAGUGGUCUAGGACUUUAUCGCCCCUAGUGGCGGAGACACAUUGAUGGAAGUUUGGCCUCAGGUGUCUUAAUGCUGUGGAAUUCAAAUCACCAGCAACAAGGAAAGCAACCUCCGGUUUUAUUUAUUUAUUUUUCAUUUAACCUUUAUUUAAAGGCAAGUCAGUUAAGAACAAAUUUGUUAUUUACAAUGACGGCCUACCCCGGCCAAACCCUAACCUGGUUGCAUGGUUUCCUGAUUGUUUAGAGUCUGGUACAGUUUACAUGUCAGCUUGUUGUUUUUCUUGUCCUGGGGUGGAAUAUUUACAGCAGUCACAAUAACAGCUGAAAACUCUCUCAGGAGGUAGAAGGGUCGGCGUUUGACCAUCAGGUAUUCCAAGAUGGGUGAACAAUGGGUCGAGAGAUCUACUGAGCUAGUCAGCGCACCAUUUGCUGUUGAUGAAGAGGCAUACCCCUCCUCUUCUCGAUGUACCUGAAUGCAAUGCCCUGUCCGCUCGGUGAAUGGAGAAUCCAUGGGGUUGGAUGGCCAUGGGGUUAUUUUGUCCGAAAGCCAUGUUUCAGAAAAGCAAAGAAUAGUUCAGUUACGAGAGUCCUGUUGAUAGCAAAUCUGCAAUCGGAGGUCAUUCAUCUUAUUAUCAAGUGACCGAUUGGCCAAUAGAAUGGAGGGAAGAGGUGGCUAGCUUUCCCACCAGGACUCUCCUUCUCCUGCCUCUGUAAUGCCGGCGUUUCCUCUUGGGUAGACAGAAUUGAGGUUAGUAACUGCCGAUCUGAUGUUCAAAAGUUCUUGUUCGAUCAUAAGAAAUUAAUAGCAGAUACAGUUCGUGCAAAAACAGUUAAGAUAAACAGCAAAAUAAUCACAAAAUGAGAAAAGUUGGACAUACAGUACUGUUCCAUCUCACACACAUUCUUCUUCUGUGGGUUUACAGCGGACUACAACCCCAAAAGGUGUAUUACCGCUAUCAACUGGACGGGUUGAAACCAAAACAAGGUAAAAAGAAAAUCCAUACGUGAUAGUGAAACUCACUUAAUCCACCCAAAUAAAAAUAGUACAUCGACAAAACAAAACUCCCACUUCUUCCUCCUUUUAAAUCUCCAUGUCUCCCUUCUCAGGCAUUAGGGCCUGGCUUGCGCCCCAGGAAUCGCUCCGCCGCUUCCACAAUGAUUUAUAUCUUCCUGGACCUUCUUUCCACCUUGGCAGUGCCAUUUAUCACCAUAGCUAUAAAGGCCACAAAGUCCACCUUCUUAACCUUUAAAAUGUCAGGAUCCUGCUGGUGAAAGGAAACCCCUGCAGCCUGCAGUGAAGGCCUAUCCACCACCAUGGACUCUUCAAGUGCACCAUUCACACCCUCAACCCUUUUAACAGCUGCUGCAUAUUAUAUGCUUUGGAUAGCCCUGACUUUGGACAUCUCAUUCUCUUCCACCCUUGGGGGCGAUUUAAAAGACGUGGCUUCAUGGUUCCCACCACAAUUACAACAGGUUACAUUUUCAUCUCUUUUAUAACACAUGAUCUUUUCCACAACUUGGACAUCUCGGCUUCUCCCUUCUGCAAACACUUGAAACAUGACCAAAAGCUUUACAAUGAUCACACUGCAUUGGUCUUAGGAUAAAUGCUCUGACUUUGUAGUUAAUAUAUCCUAACUGCACUUGAGUAGGGAGAGACUCCAUAUCAAAAAAGAAAAGAACAGAUAGACUCUUCACUUUUUCUUCAUGCACCACACGAUUCAUCCGAUGUGCAUGAAUCACACCAGGAAUAUUUUUCAUCUCUUCAACAUCUACCUCCCAUGAGACUCCAGAUAUAACCCCUUGAGGGGUGCCCUGUUCCUAAGAGACACACCACAACAAUUCAAAUUGAUCAAAUCGGGUGAGAUGCAACACACAUUUCUUCUGAUCCUCAGAAGCACAAAAAAUCUAAACAAGCCCGCCUCUCUUGAUCCUCACAGCCUUCACUCUACUCAGCAUUCUCUCCACCAGUUUGGAAAUCUCAUAUGGAUUCCUCAAGAUUGGUAAUUUGAUCAACUGCUCCUCAUGUACAGACUGUACACUCCUACAAGUGACAUUCUCAUCCCUGUACUCUACUUUUCUGUUUUCCUUUCUUUUGGACAUUAUUCCAAUUCUCCUUGAUUAUACUGCCAUUAGAUUGAGUCCACUUCAUCAACCGCUUCUGCCAUCUUUCCAAUCACACACACGGGUUGAUCUGAAACAUUAUAAAGCCUACCCCAGUCUCCACCUCAUGGUUUUAACUUCCUCAAGAGGGCAGUGGAGAUGAUGGAUAUUUUGCUAUAUAUCUUUUCAUCAAUCUCAUGUGAAGGUUUACUGUGUAAAUGAGAUGUGCAACACGGAUUUCAAACUAGUAGAAUUUAUGAUUGAAGUAGAAGUUAUUGAGCAUCAGAGAAUCACCACAGGGAAUACAUUUGUUGUAGCUUAUUAUUAUUCUAAGAAUGGAAAUUGCUCACUGUUGCUCUCCAAGGUUGUGUAGACAUUCCAAAAUGCACCCCAGGCUAAAGGAAAUGACAAUAUGGAUUGUGUUUGUGCAUGUAAAUGGCGACUCAAUAACCUACAAUGUUAGCUGACCCACGCUAUAGCUCAGGUUAUAUACUCAGACUCAAUCAUUGAUUGAAAGAACAAUGCACGAUGGUCUUUGUUAUUGAUUGGCUAUUUCAAAUAAAUUAUAAGGUAACACCAAUCACUAUGAGGAAACCACGAACUUUUGCGCAUUGAUGUGGAAUUCCCAAACAAAAAAUACGUUUAGGUGAGAAUAGCCUAUAAAUAGCAUCUGAAAUAUCAAACUGAUCAAAUCCAAUUUUAUUUGUCACAUGCUUCGUAAACAACAGGUGUAGUUAGUGAAAUGCUUACUUAGGGGCUCUUCCCAACAAUGCAGAGAGAACAAUAAUAUAAAGAAAAGAAAAGUAAAUAAUGAGUAAAUGUUGAAGAGGGCCAACAAAUGUAUUUUAUAUGAAUUAAUUAACUCGAGAGCGCCAUUCAGAUACUGUUGCGCACGAAGUUGGGAGGAGGGCAGAGCGAGCGAUAGUGAGCCAAUGGAAAGGCGCCCAAGACUUGCUCACUGUCGGCUUUGCUCAAGACUAAAACGGGAACAAUAUAUCUGUCAGGCGCAUACUGUCCUUCUUCGAGUGUGGAGUCCAGAGGACUCAUCAUCUCAGUGACUGGGUUUAUAUCCUUGCAGUCGAACACGAAGUAAGAGCUUAGGUAAGCUCCUCCAGGACCUUUUCUGCCACAACACAACUCCCCGCUUCUCCUCCAAUCACCCCUGGACUACACCUACCACUGAGGUAGAGCUUCAGGAGACUACCGGGAGAGUCAGAUUCCUGCCCCUGGAAUACCAACAAGUGUGCAUCCUUUUACACUUUUCAUCCUUAAUUUCAAAUCCACCUACUCUGAUUACGAGGGGGGGGGGGGGGGGGACGGACGGACGUUUGCUAGCAUCUCUGGCCUCUUGGAAUCGAUUCUGUGGGAACUGUUCUAGUUUUGAGCCUGCAUUGCUUCAGCUGAUUCGGACCAUCUGGUGUGUUUCUGUUGAACACUUUCAGGAACUAACACAUAGAUGUAGUAUUCUGCUGCAGGGAUACGUUGGUACAUUGUAACCUAACAACAAGCCCUAUCAGAAGAGGUAGAGAGGAGAGGCCCAUCUGGAGUGUGCCCACUGGGCACAGAUGUCAAUUCAAUGUCUUUUCCACGUUGGUUCAACCUAAUUUCAUUGGAAUGACGUGGAAGCAACGUUGAUUCAACCAGUGUGUGCCCAGUGGGUGGUGUGUUAGAGUUAGUGGAAGAUACACCUGUGUACUUAUAGGAGGCCUGCAGAAGAAGACUUGAUCCUUCCUGAACUGUAAACCCACAUGGUAUCUCUGAGGAGAUAGCUGUCCAUCUUUUCUCCCUGGGUGGAGAAACCCCUUCCUGCACUCAGCCAGCGUCACACCACCGGGACUCUAACGAUUGCUCUACAUCUCCCCAUAUCUGUCUAUCUCGGUCUGUUUUCUCUAUCUUUCUUUUUCACCUGUCUACUUUACUUCACCCUCUCUCAAUUUCUCUCCUCCCCAUUCAUUCUCUUUUUCUUUUUUUCCACAACACCCAUUCCUGUCACAUGCUCUCUCUGUUUUCAUAAUUAACGAUGCUUGUAUACCAAUUAGACUUUCAGUCGGUGCGACCCAAACCCUGAGAGCCCCAGUGGAAGUAGGGACCUUUGGAGUGCUGCUGGUGUGUGGAUCGUGCUGUUCUAGACCUCCCCCCCCCCCCCCCCACCCCACCCCCCAGUACCCCCUGUCAUUGGCCCUGGCUGUAAAUGUCACGGCGGCGGCUGACUGCGGCUGAAUCGUCCACAGGGUCACAGGGCUGGCUCUUUUAUUUUCCACAGGCCAGGGAUCUCUGUGGGAGCCUUACUGUGUCUCAGGGGAACAAAAGUUACUCCUCAGCCCCAGUUGGGCCCUGACAGCUGCCUUCUGGAAUUUAGUGGUUUGGUCUAAUUAGAAAUAUUCUGUCUCACCUCGAGAGCUUAUUCCUAUUAUACUUGGAGGGAGUUUUCAUUUAAAGACUUUGUUCGGUUUUGGUUUUUACCCUCUUCACCAGAUUCAAAUAACAGCUGAAGCCCAGGAUAAUUGCCUUUGGCUGAGAAUGUGAAUGCAGGUUCCUUCCAAGUUGCAGUGGAUUAUCAUUACCGUGAAGGUUACACCUUGUAGGUUUUUCUCCUUCGUUGUUUGAUCCAGCUCCAUCUUCCACUUGACGCUAACAUUUCACAGGGAUUGUGCAUAAAGGCAUGCACACCUUUUGCGUGUUCGCUAUAGGAAGCCUUCAAAAAAACCUUGUUUUAGCAUAUUCCUCUCUAGAGAGCAGCGUACAGCUGCACAACAAUCAACUGCAGGGAUUUUUUAACCAAAAUAAAGGCCCUUGAAUGGAGUAAAAGGAGAAAUAAAGGGCAGAUGGCAACCCUGCUUUAAAACAUCAACAAAUGAAUUAAUACAACAUUGGGUGGUAGAGGCAUUUGGCAAAGUGCUGAAGUAGCCUCUCUCUCUCUCCCCCUCUCUCUUUCUCUGUCACGUUCCCUCUCUCACUUGAGACAGGGGAUCAGGUAGCAGAGCAGAAAGACCGGAGGUUGAUCCGCAGUGCCCCUGCUUCUGUGUUGUGUUUUUGUUUGUCCCCCCACCCGUCCGUGCAUGUAAUGACCCAUCACCUUCGUCAGCCUCAGGAGAGAUGCCUAUACUCGAGAUGGCAGUGAGCCUAGUCAAGUCCCUGUACUGGGAGGUGUUCCCCCCCAUGUCCACGUGCAGGGUCUACUGCACCCCUGUGUUCCAUGACGGCCUGCUCUAUGUGCUCGGGGGCUGCAGUGAGACAGGCCUACCUCUAGACACUGCCGAGGUGCUGGACAUAGAGAGCCAGACAUGGACCCAGCUACCUCCACUCCCUACAGCCCGGGCGGGGGCAUCAGCGGUGGCCCUUGGGGGUCAGGUGAUGGUAAUGGGGGGCAUGGAUGGCCAGCAGAGCCCCCUGUCCUCCGUGGAGGUCUACAACCCUGACGAGGGCAAGUGGGAGAGGAAGGCCAGCCUAGGACAACCCUCCAUGGGCAUCACCUCAUUAGAGAAAGAUGGGAAGGUAUAUGCGCUGGGAGGGAUGGCAGCUGACACGACGCCCCAGGCUCUGGUGAGGGUUUAUGAGCCGGAGAAGGACCAAUGGCAGCCCCUGACCUCUAUGCCCACGCCCCGCUAUGGAGCCGCCUCCUUCCUGAGAGGCAACAAGAUCUACGUGCUGGGUGGGCGUCAGGGCAAGCUUCCUGUCACAGCCUUCGAGGCCUUUGACCUGGAAAUGAAGAGUUGGACGCGUUACCCCUGCAUCCCCAGCCGCCGGGCCUUCGCCUGCUGUGCUGCCACCGAGCGGGGCUUCUUCAGCCUGGGAGGGCUCCAGCAGCCUGGCCCCCACAACUUCUACUCCAGACCACACUUUGUCAGCACAGUGGAGGAGUACGACCCAGAACAGGGUAUCUGGAUCAAACCAACCCGAACCUCCAGGAUGAGGGUUAAGAGAGCAGACUUUGUGGCCGGAUGUCUCGGUGGAAGGGUCAUCGUUGCUGGUGGACUAGGUAACCAGCCGUCGCCCUUGUCGUCGGUGGAGAGCUACAAUCCUGUGAAGCGGAGUUGGGAGUACGCUGCCCCCAUGCCCAGUCCCCGCUGCUCCUGUUCACCCCUGCAGACACCCAACAUGCUGUUUCUCAUCGGGGGCGUGGCCCAGGGACCCAGCAACGCCGUGGAGGCUCUCUGCCUCAGAGAGACUGUGUGACACACACACACGUACACAGAGACAGGCGAAGGACUCAAUGCAAGCAAAUUCAAUGUGUGCAGGUGAUAGACACUCAUACAGACUUUGUUUUUGCCUUUGGACCUUGCAGUUGGUGGGCAGGAUCAAGGACAGUGACCCUGACACCUGUUUCUUUCAAUGGAGAAACAAAUAGUUUUCUACAUUUUAGAGACAUAAGAGGAGUCAAAUAAAUAAGCAAAAAACACCACCACAGAAACACAUACACACACUACACAAAAGACGCCUUUGAACAGUACAGCAUUUUUCUGGAAAAAACAGGGUACUUUUCUGGAAACUAAAGGAACUUGGGGCCAUAUCUGUUUCACUACAACAGUCAGGCUGCAGUGGCUUGUUUAGACACUGUUCUAUCACCGUAAAAAGGUAGAGAGUUUAGGAUAUAACAUUUGGGGUAUUUGUCUGUGUUUUGGUACCUUCACAGCCAGGCGUGUGUGAAUAUAGCACUGCUAUACACGUGGUGUUAAAAUCCCACACACCAUGAAUACCACCUCUAGAAUGGCCAGGCCCAUCCCUGCACUGUAGCAUCCAGAGACAAGAGUGCUUUGGCACAAAGCAACAUUUCCCUUUUUUAGAGAAAAAUAUAUAUAUUUUACCUUAAGAGCUUUGCAAUGAACAACAUAUGAAAGGCAAAGGAACUGAAGGCAGGACAAAGUGCAUGCUCAGAAAGUGUAUUUAUUUCAGAUAAUCCUUAGGUGGCGGCUUAAAAAAGAGAGAGCGAAAGAGAGGGAAAUUGGAAGUGUGUUUGUAAAUGGAAACGUCACCACUAAACAAUAUUUGGGGAGUUUUUCCAGUCUCCCUACAUAAUUAUGAGUGAUGAGAGGUGUUUCAGACAUAAUUAUGAGUGAUGAGAGGUGUUUCAAACAUAAUUAUGAGUGAUGAGAGGUGUUUCAAACAUAAUUAUGAGUGAUGAGAGGUGUUUCAGACAUAAUUAUGAGUGAUGAGAGGUGUUUCAGACAUAAUUAUGAGUGAUGAGAGGUGUUUCAGACAUAAUUAUGAGUGAUGAGAGGUGUUUCAGACAUAAUUAUGAGUGAUGAGAGGUGUUUCAGACAUAAUUAUGAGUGAUGAGAGGUGUUUCAGACAUAAUUAUGAGUGAUGAGAGGUGUUUCAGACAUAAUUAUGCACCAUAGCAGUAUUUUUUAUUUUCACCCCGGGAGAGUUCAACCAAUGACAUAAUUGUUUGAUUGAGCCUGCUGUCUGAUCUAAAAAUGAAUGGAGUCAUGUUUUGUAGCAAUUAAUGUGGCCUUUGUGUUUUGCCAACUACACAAACAUGCUAGCAGAGAGUAGAUAUGGUUGGCCUUGUUCAAUAGAGCCAUUGGACUUGUCUCAACGAUGUUCCUAUCUGCCACGACAUUGCAGGAUACCUAGGUUGACAAAUUUUCCCCGGCUUUGUAAAGACUACAGCCUGACAGGAGCCCUACUUUGCUUUUCAAAAUGGCGUCGGUACUAGUUUCUACACGUUAAUGGGAGCUAUGGUACCGUGCACUGUCUAUCCAAGAUGGCAAAAUAAUUACAAUGGCUGCUUCUGAUAAUUCCUCUUUCCAAGAAGAGCAGGACGACGAAACAGUUUUUUUUAAUGUUCUUUUACAUACUAACAUAGGGAUAUACUGCCCUAUUCAUUUGAGCCGGAAUACACUGAAGCCGAGUUGAGACAGCGAGAACAAGAAUUGCGAGACCAGCAAACAACGAUGGGGAGCCACGGUCAGACUCCGACUGGUGGUACCUAUGCGGGUGCUGUCCAGCCAUGCCAACAAAAGAGGAACGUCUGUGCUCAACAAAUUCUCUUGCUGGAGGCGGUCACUGCAGACCCCAUGGAUCAUGUGUAUGUGACAGACCAUUAAAGUUGACUCACUUAUGGAUUUUGGUGUGCGCGAGACGUUCUUCAGAACCUUCAAGAUCAACUGGCGGAGGCAGCCUAGACCAGCUGGACCAGGAGGGCAAAUGACAAACAAGUAAGUUAUUUUGCUGUCGGUAGCUAGCUAAGUUCUCUUCACAUGAGACAGUAUUUUUCACUACAGUAUAAUUUUGUGAUCGAUUCGGCCAUAGCAGGGCUUGCUAAUACCACAAGCCAAGUUAAGCUAACUAGCUCUGUUUGCUAUACCCAAAAUGUACUGUAGCCUAAUGUAGCUCGCUAGAUAGCUAACGUUCGCUAGCUAGCCUAGCUAGCCUCAGUAGCUAACUAGGUAAUGUGCGCCUGUGAGAUGUGAAAUAUUCUGCUGCUACAGUAGGAAUACAGACAGUACACAACAAUUGCUUAUGAAAGUCUAAUAGUGUUUUUGUCAUUCUCUUACAGACAAUACUUCUUGGUGGCCUACAGAUUAUUUUGGGAGUUUGUUCUACAUGGGAGAAGCUAGGCACCGAAUCCCCUUGCCUGCAUAUGUUGUUGGAGCCAUAUUAGCAAUGUAUCCCUCACACAGUGGACAGUAUGUUAGAUACAAAUAAGUUGAUGACUCAAGAGGAGAGUGCAAGGUCCAUAACAACAAUCUCCCCUUGUAUCAAAGUGACUCUGAACACCUCACUGCACCCCCCAAACAGGCCAUAUGCAAGUAUUCACAUUGUAGAACUGUAGUAUUUAUUAUAGGUGUUAGUAGUAUAUUUUUCUUCUACUGUAUAAAUGUCAUACAGUACAUUGUCAUAACUGUUCCUGCAUACUGCUGUGUAAACUCACCUUGGUCUCCAGAGCAAAUAAACUAUGUUUGGAAUAGAAGCCAUGUCUAAUUAUUUGACACAUUGACAGACUAUUCUAUUAUUUUUUUAAAACAUGUUUAAUUCUAAACAAAUUCAAGUUGAAAUGAUGCAGCAACUCCUUGCAUCAUUUGUUGUAGUAGUAAGAUUGUAGGUAGUUACUUCCAAAUACAUUCAAUGAAUAUCACAAUGAAUUGAUCCAGAAGUCAACACUUUAUUGGUUUCUGAUGCAGCUGGAAUCAUUUAGUCACUUGUCAGUACUCAUGGAAAAAAGAUUAUAUAAAACAUUUGAUCAAACUCCAUUAUAUACAUAAACUCAGCAAAAAAAGAAACGUCCCUUUUUCAGGACCCUGUCUUUCAAAGAUAAUUCGUUGAAAUCAGAAUAACUUCACAGAUCUUCAUUGUAAAGGGUUUAAACACUGUUUCCCAUGCUUGUUCAAUGAACCAUAAACAAUUAAUGAACAUUCACCUGUGGAACGCUCGAUAAGACACUAACAGCUUACAGACGGUAGGCAAUUAAGGUCACAGUUAUGAACACUAAAGAGGCCUUUCUACUGACUCUGAAAAACACCAAAAGAAUGAUGCCCAGGGUCCCUGCUCAUCUGUGUGAACGUGCCUUAGGCAUGCUGCAAGGAGGCAUGAAGACUGCAGAUGUGGCCGGGGCAAUAAAUUGCAAUGUCCGUACUGUGAGGCGCCUAAGACAGCGCUACAGGGAGACAGGACGGACAGCUGAUCAUCCUCGCAGUGGCAGACCACGUGUAACAACACCUGCACAGGAUCGGUACAUCUGAACAUCACAACUACGGGACAGGUACAGGAUGGCGGCAGGUAGCCUAGUGGUUAGAGUGUUGGGCCAGUAACCGAAAGGUUGCUAGAUCGAAUCCCCGAGCGGACAAGGUAAAAAUCUGUUGUUCUGCCCCUGAACAAGGCAGUUAACCCACUAUUCCUAGGCCUUCAUUGUAAAUAAGAAUUUGUUCUUAACUGACUUGCCUAGUUAAAUAAAGGUUAAAUAAAAAAAUGGCAACAACUGCCCAAGUUAUUGCAGGAACGCACAAUCCCUCCAUCGCCAAAAAGUGCUCUUCACUGACGAGUCGCAAUUUUGUCUCACCAGGGAUGAUGGUCGAAUGUGCGCUUACCGUCAAAGGAAUGAGCGCUACACCCGAGCCUGUACUCUGGAGCGGGAUCGAUUUGGAGGUAGAGGGUCCGUCAUGGUCUGGGGCAGUGUGUCACAGCAUCAUUGGACUGAGCUUGUUGUCAUUGCAGGCAAUCUCAACGCUGUGCAUUACAGAGAAGACAUCCUCCUCCCUUAUGCGGUACCCUUUCUGUAGGCUCAUCCUGACAUGACCCUCCAGUAUGACAAUGCCACCAGCCAUACUGCUCAUUCUGUGCAUGAUGUCCUGCAAGACAGGAUUGUCAGUGUUCUACCAUGGCCAGCGAAGAGCCCGGAUCUCAAUCCCUUUGAGCACGUCUGGGACCUGUUGGAUCGGAGGGUGAGGGCUAGGGCCAUUCCCCCCAGAAAUGUCCGGUAACUUGCAGGUGCCUUGGUGGAAGAGUGGGGUAACAUCACACAGCAAGAACUGGCAAAUCUAGUGCAGUCCAUGAGGAGGAGAUGCACUGCAUUACUUAUUGCAGCUGGUGGCCACACCAGAUACUGACUGUUACUUUUGAUUUUGACCCCCUUUGUUCAGGGACACAUUAUUCCAUUUCUGUUAGUCACAUGUCUGUGGAACUUGUUCAGUUUAUGUCUCAGUUGUUGAAUCUCGUCAUGUUCAUACACAUAUUUACACAUGUUAAGUUGCUGAAAAUAAACACAGUUGUUAGUGAGAGGACGUUUCUUUUUUUGCUGAGUUUAUCUACUGAGCUAGCAAUAGCUAUACCACAAUGCAGUUGUGAGCAUACUAGGCAUUCUAUAUUAUACUACAACAUCACUCUAAUUGAAUAUGGAUGUUGUGUUGGUUGAAUAUUCCAGGCAGGGUCCUGAAUGUUCUUAAUCUGGUAAACCUUGUCUUGUGUUGGGCAAUGGCAGCUGGUCUGGCAGAACUUCAUGAGUUUUUGCCAGACCUGUGCAGUCUUUUCCUCUUCCGAGUCAGAUGAAGUUGAGCUUAAGCAUGUUCACGGCUGAAAGCUCUCAUCCAAUGGGUCUACAGGAUCUGUCCUACUAAAGCUGGUGUCAAGAUCAUCAGCAGCAGGAUGAGUCUUUAGAACACACUAGUCAGUGAUUAGCCAACUUUUUACUACUUUGUCCCCAUCAAUACACACUUGAACAAGUGUAUCUAUAGAUAAGGCAUACUAACUGUCACACACAAUACACACCCCCAACAGACACCAGUCAGUCACCCACACCAUCCCCUCCUUACUAAUAACUCAUGUUUUUCUCCAAUUUAGACUUCAGGUUUUGCAUAAACAAUCAACUAAGUCUCCAUAAUACAGAGAAAAGUUGUAGCCUACUUCUAAACAAACCAACUAUUACAACUAGACACAGACCAUGUUGAUCCCAAGCUCCAGUUGUUGUUUUUUUGCUCAUGGAGUCAUGGAAGGAAAAGGUGACUUACACUAGUACCUGGUGCUGAGCUUGAUGUUGAUGCCGCUGCAUAAGUUGAACGGGAACACAAAGGCUAGUCAUGUUAGCCUCUGUGGUAGUUAGCUUGCUAAUGUAACCUAACCUUAGCUUGCAAAGUUACAAAUCACAUCGCCAUAUAACGUAAACUCACCCCAUUCCGUACAAAUGUGUGCAACCGCAUCAUUCAAACGAGGCUACAAAGAAAACUAAUGGGACUGUAGCGACUGUGUUGACUUCAAAAUCGGGGGUGUGAACUAGGUUUCUAUUCAAGGGUUGAUCGACAUGGUAAUGGCUCUAUAGUAUUGGAGAAAAGUUGAAAAAACUGACCCUCCGUUAUAUCGUGAUGUGUCAUGUCGUAACGUACAGCACGCAUAAAGAAACUAUUUCUGCCUUACAAUCUCUCUCCACCAGGUGUAGCGAUUCUCUCAUCGUUUAAAAACAAGAAAUGGACAGUGACGGGGGUAAGGGGGGGAUGCCUAGUCAUUUUUUGCAUCAUCAUUGCAUGCGAUCAUCAUUCUCCAAGCCGCUGUUUACUUCUAAGAUCACUUUAGCACCGCCCUAAAAACCCAAUUCAAAUUCGACACAACCCUUCAAAUAGGUAUGUAAUGACACAUUAUAUAAACUCUCUAUAGUGUUUUAUUUACAUUUUUAGAGGCGAUAAGGUGAUAAGUUGGACAGAUCGAGUGAAAAAAAGCAACAUUUUCCCACACAAUAUCUCUCCUCACCAUCACUCAUUAGUUUCGCUUCCCCACCCGCCAUUUUUAAAAAGACCCGACGGGGCUCAUUGCUUGCUUCAAUUAUGCAGAAACGGGCAGCGUUUAGGUCAUGUAAUUGAUUCUGUUGGAAAGGGGAGAAAUUGUGCUUUACAAUGGUAUUGACAUUACAGUUGAUCUGGAAGUAUUACGUUUUUGGGGCGCUAAAAUAAGGGCAAUUGUACGGACCAAGGUGAUGUACGAGUUUACGUGAGUUUACGUUACGUAGCAGCUGGCUAAUUACAUUGAUUUGCUUUGUGAUAUCUAGCCAGCAUAUUAUGAAAGCUAGCUAGAAUUUGGUUUAGAUAAACAAAUGUAGUUCGCUAGCUAGUUAGCUAGCUACUGUAGAUAAGUUAGCUAUGUUACCUCUGCUUGACUUCUUUAGUAAGGUAACCAAUGAAAUGAAAUGAAAUUACCCCAUCAUCCUGUUCUUGCUUGUAGUUUGCACAUCCAGGUACUGAGCACCAUACCAUGACAGAACUUUACAGUUGUUGUCGACACGAAAAUAAAAAUAAAUAGUUAUUCUCAAGCUGAUGUUCUAUGACCGAGUGGCUUGUCCAGUGAGUAACAUUAGCUACCUGCUGACACGCAUUCUCAACUGGAUCCACCUCGACAGGGGUGGUAGUACAUUCUGAUAUGAAUUCGCUAUGAAUUCUGGAUAUUGUAGUUUGCUUACAACCAGGAAAUGUAGAAGGCCUGUUUCUUCUGCAGAAACACUCGCUUUUGCAUGUAGUGAGGAAGUAAACAUUUUUUAUGACACAUUAUGAGACAUUAACAUAUACAUUUUAUUUGAUUUAUUUAACCUUUAUUUAACUAGGCAAGUCAGUUAAGAACAAAUUCUUAUUUACAGUGACUGCCUACCCCGGCCAAACCCGGGCGGGGCUGGGCCAAUUGUGCGCCGCCCUACGGGACUCCCAAUGGACAUAUACAGUAAAAGAACAGUGGUAAAAUGUCCCUUUAAUAGAAGGACCGUGCUGCAUUUUCCUGAGCCCUCCUGUAAAAAUACCUUCCUUGUUCAGCCUUGCCUUCUCAAGGACCAGAUAAGAAAUAGAGAGAGCAGGAGUGGUUUUAGAGCUAGUAUUAGAGGACAGAGGGUGGAGUUCACAUUUGCUUGUCCUAAAAAUAUAUUUUUAGUAUGUAUUUUAUUGAUACAAGUUUUUUCCUUUCCUUGGCCACCUAUGUACAACCCCACAUUUUCUGGAUCAUGAGUUUUUACUUUAUUUAGGAUGUCAUCCUAACCUAAGCUGGCCCAACUGUCUCCUACACCUGUUCAGGCUGUGGCUUCUGCUCUCUUUGGUUGUCUUAUAGACUUUUAUUUAUUCAGGGUAACACAAUUGAGACCAGGGUCUCUUUACCAAUGAUGCCCUGAAUACAACAUGUUUCUCACCAACAGGAACAAAAAUUAACAUUACAAUAAAAGAAUCACCUGGUUCAUGACUUUAUUCAUUAUUGUGUUUAUCAGCUUCUCCUGUUGCGCAGACCUUUGAUGUGCUAAAUUACAGGCUGGAGGGCUGGUGCUGGGGCUGUGGCUGGUAAGGAGGGCUGUGGCUGGUAAGGAGAGCUGGGGCCGUGGUUGGUAAGGAGGGUUGUGGCUGGUAAGGAGGGCUGGGGCUGUGGCUGGUAAGGAGGGCUGUGGCUGGUUAGUAGGGCUGGGGCUGUGGUUGGUAAGGAGGGCUGUAGCUGGUAAGGAGAGCUGGGGCUGUGGUUGGUAAGGAGGGCUGUGGUUGGUAAGGAGAGCUGGGGCUGUGGCUGGUAAGGAGGGCUGUGGCUGGUUAGUAGGGCUGGGGCUGUGGUUGGUAAGGAGGGCUGUGGCUGGUAAGGAGAGCUGGGGCUGUGGCUGGUAAGGAAGGCCCGGUCUGUGACUGGCUAGGAGUGCUGGGGCUGUGGCUAGUUAGGGGGUGACUCAGCAGGGUUAGUGGCACAACCAUAAAAUGAUGAAUAUAACACAUAUAUGUAUAUACGUACGUAAAUAAAUUUUCAUCAGUGGAGAGAAUGCUGUAUUCAUUAGCAGUUUGUAGGGGGCCCACGGUCUCCUCUGUAGAAAAUAAGCCCUGGUUUCUAAGCUCUUGAGUACAGUUCAGUUUAGACAGUGCUCACACACCCUCAAGGCAUUCUAUGGGGCUUCUCUGUCGUUCUGAAUCUCAUUUCCGAGGUAAAAUCCAUUUUCAGAUGUGCUUCACUGGCGAUGACGAGACAUAUGACUCAACCGUGUAAACUGCUGUUUACUCUAGUUCUGUACUGUAAUCUCAUCGCUGCUGGUUUUAUAAACAUAGUACAGUGUUGUAGAGUGUUCAGUACAUUUACUUUUCCCAUUUGCUUUCUUUGUAGUACUGAUAUCCUUAAACAGUCUAUUAGACUCAGUCAGGUUUUAUAACAUGUCUCUCUGCCUUCUCUUCAUGGGAUAAAAUAGUGUAUGAUGAGUCCAUACACUACAUAUUUCCGAACAUACUUACAUUUGAUUGAUGGAAAUCAUUUCAGAACUGUGUCUUAUUUUCACCAUCAAAGCCUCUGUUUUUGUGCGGUUCACUGUGACCAUGUGGUGUCCAGGCAACAGUCACUGUGUCACACCCGCGAGUAGCAUUACUGUGUUAUAGUGAGUCAAGUAUUGUUGCUUUUCCUUCCAAAAGAAAUGAGUGUUUAAAUAAUUUAUGUUAUCUCUGUUGGUUUAUCCCCACAGUGCUUCUACAGGUGUUUAUUUGUGUUGUGUGGGUUGAGCUGUAGAGAGUCAGGUUUGUGGUGGUGUUGUCCUGUCGUGUUGACACAAGCCUGUUAUCUCUCUAUGAUGCUGUGCUGUGACGUGUUUCCAUGGUGCGUAACCACGGUGAUGGUGUUUGCUGAUGAUCUCUGACUGUAUCAAGUGCACUGUGUGUCUGUGUUUCUUGACUCCUGUCUCAAUGAGGGAGGCUACGGUAUGUGUCUGAAUAUCACAGAGAGGUUCAAUUGAUGUUUGAAGCCAUGAAGCCAGAUAAGUUUGCUUUGCUUAAGAUACACUAAUUAUGUCACAGCACAUCCACAUCUGGAGAAGGAGAUUCCUAUACAUGGUACAGUAUGGAUGAGGAGAGGAACAGCUGUGCCAAUAAGAUAUGUUGCUGAACCUCAGUCAAUUCUCCUGAAAACCAAUACAAAUCAUCUGAGUCCAAAUAGGACACUCCCAUGACUUAUCUGUUGUGUGUGGCAUCUUUCAUGUUCUAACUGACAAUCAGCACAAACUGUUUUACUCCUAUAACGUGAGGUGAGGUGAUCAUCAGCCCAAACAAUUAGUUUGAUUAGGUUAUAUUUCAACAGAGAAAUAUUGAUAUCCAGACCUCUUAAUAACUCAGCUUUGGUACUGACCAGCCAGAAGAGAGGAGCCAGUUAGUCAGCCCUCUAGCAGACCUGAUAACAUCCCCCAGAUGAUGCCUGAUGACUGGGCAGCAUCAUGUUCUGAAGCACCAGAAACGGAAUGAGGAAACAAGUUUACUAAUGGCCUGAUUUGUGGAUCAAUGUGCAGAAGAGAGCGCCAGGCGUUUUGAAAGUGCUCUGGUCUGACAGAGAGAUGCCUGGAUGGAAUCCUCUGGUUGUUUCUGAUUGUGUUCACUUGUACAGUUAAACAUUGUAAAAGUAAUGUGAUACAGUACACAGGCAGAGUUGUGGCAGUGACUCCAGUACAGUAGUUCAGUGCCUAUAAAUGUGAGGUAGUGCCUCGAAUAUAUGAAUUCUAUAAUAAAAUAUUUUGACUUAA